GUGAAAGAGGGCCGCAGGGAUAAUCGAGACUCAAGCAUGGCCGUUUCCCUGCAAGUAGAGGAUAUUGAACGGGCGGUUUUGGCGGGUGUGCGGGCUGCACUUAAAGGGGCAGUUCAACCGGUACCGUCCCCAUCAUUAACGGUCACCGCACCACACAGUAACCCACAGGCACUUCCAGCGGCGCCCACCAGCACGUCCAGCUUUGCCACCACGGUCGCAUCAGUGAGAUCAGCCCCCCUGCCAUCCAUCCCUCGACGUAAUGGGGCCCGAUCGCAGUACAUCAAUCGAAGUCAUGUCAAAACAUACACAAAGGAAAUUGUAUGUUUGCCUUUUUCACCAGAGGCAUCUGUCUUCGUUAUACCCAGAGGAGAAACUCGGACCAAGUUAGCGCAGAAUGGCCUUGUUGGAAAAAUUUCAUUUUCCACAGAAUCGUCUGAAGACCAACUGCGAGUUGAAAUAACGGCUAUCUUCAGAGGAGCAUUUGGGUUAUCAGAGCACCAGUUGUUACCAUUCCAGUUUUUGAGCACUAUCAAGGGGUGUAAAAAACUGAUGAUACCCAAGGUCUCAUCUAAUUUCCCUUGGGGCGGUAAAGAAGUUGCCUCUCUCUGCUCAAGCACAUGUCUGUACAUCAUGGCAAGAAUGGAGGUUCCAGCACAGAACAUGUUUGUGGAGCUAUCUGAUAACAGUGAUUUUGAAAGCCCAGUUUUACAGCUAAGGAGAGGUAGGUUUUUGUUGUUGUUUUUUGUUUUGUUCUCUUCCCCCAUUUGAGCCAAAAUCAACAUAAAUAACAACCUCUUGAGGUAAAUUGCUAAUCUGAUUUUUUUUUUCUUUUUUUUUUUAAGUCAUAAAUUGGUGACUUAUUUCAUGGUUGUUAUUACUAAGUCUUGCUAAAUAGAUUUUCUUCAUAUAGUGACUCAGAGAUAUGUACCGUCUACAACCCAGCAGGACCACUGUGAGAAGCAACAGGGUGUUGAAACCAGUGCACCAUCUGACGAUGGAAUGGAUUUACACGCACAGCAACGGCCAAAUGAAGCUACUACUAACUUUACAGAUUUCAUUCUUAUUGAUGCUGAGGAAGAUGAUGCUAUUGAGGAGGCCAUCAGACGCAGUCUUUCUGAAGAGCCUGUGCAGUCCUUCCAGGAUUCAAGAGUCUCCAAAAGGCUUCAUUCCAAGAAUGAACAUUUCUCAUAUACAGAAAGGAGUGUACCGCACUAUUGGACAGAUGAUGUCAUCCAUCAUAGUACAGGGUGGUGAACCUUCAGCUCUCCUUUCUCCUCUCGUUGUGGACUACUUUCUGACAGGAAACAGCUUUCAGGUGAAUGUUACUCCAGAUGACAUAGCUGACAUGGCACUGAGAGAAGACCUGAAGAAGGUAGAUGAGGCAGCAACCACAGAUGAGCUGGAACAAGCACUGGAAGGCUGUGACUCAUGGAGAUAUGAAAUCGAGGGUCUUCCGAACCCAGUCAGCAUGAACAACAAAGAUGCAUUUGUGCAGAAUGCAAUACGUUUCCAUGUCCUCAUUCAACGACAGAGCUGCUACGAUCAGUUAGUUGAGGGUCUGAAGUACUGUGAGGUUCUGCCACUCUUGAAAGAAAACCCUUGCCUUAGGGUCCUUCUUGAUAUGCCUGAAGAACCAAAUGAUGUCACAGCAGAUGUGGCUACCCUUCUGAAACCCAACUACUCGGUUCUAGGAAGUAACAGAAGACCAAAGGAGGAGUUAAUGGUGGUGAAGAUCAGAGAAUUUCUUCACUGUGUACAAGAGAAAGAGGUUGGGGAACGUCUUCAUACUAGGAACCUAACUGAGGCAGAAAAGGCAUUCAUCCUGACACUGAAUCCUGGACACAUCCUUGCCUUUGCAACAGGAAGCACCAAAGUACCUGCAAUUGGAUUUUUUCCCAGUCCAAAACUAACUUUCGUCCAUGAUGACACGAAACACCUUCCCAUCGCUCAUACAUGCUCUAAUGAGCUUCAGAUCUUUGUUAACAGAAAGAAUCUUGCCGAUGAUGAUGAGUUUGAUUACCAUUUUCUUGUGGCUCUCAUGAAUGGAGCCAUUUUUAGUGCAGUGUAGUCAACAAAAGAACAAAA